GGGAGAGAACCGCUGCGCAUCGACAGCGACACCGCUCAACGGCAAAGAUAUAAGACUCGCAGCGAGCCCGCGAGUGCGCUCAUGCGAGUGAUCAUGAGCCCUGACCCCUCUCGUCGCGGGACUCUUGAUUACGACUACGAUGCGCCAUCUACCGGUCCUGCCAUGGGCAUCUUCAGUCCUCAGAAACGGCGGACUCAGAAACAGCAAGAUAUGAUUGACAAACGCGCAUACCAGAAUUCCAUGGAGAAUCUGGUUAGCUCAUGGCAGGAGCGGUUGCAGCUCAUAUCCGUCAUCACUACGUUCUUCGCCUCGAUGGAGGCUGCAAUGCUCGUGGUCACAGACCCAGCGAAUGACCUGGAGAAUGGUGAAGUGAGCAAUCUGCUCAAAGCAGCGAAUGCUGGGCUGCUUGGGGCGCUUGUAAUGCAUGUAUAUGCAGCUGUCUUGUCCUUCCUUGCAGCUUUCCUUCUCAUCCGGUACAAGCUCAGAGAAGCUUCCAAGUUCGAGCGUAAAGUUGAAGGCGCCAAGGUGGUCAAAUCGCCGAUCCCGACCGGAGACUUGAAGUUCAAGCUCAAGGGCGGCGACGUCGAGGCGCAGAAAUACGAGAAGACAUUGCCCGCCCAGAAUGGCCAUGCAUCACAGAACGGAAAUGCCCCGCAUACCCCCAGCACAAAGCGUACUGGUAGUAUCCUUCAAAACGCGCACGAGACAGCGCAAACUACCAUUGGAAUCACGAAAGCGAACGGAACCGCGGCUUCGCCACCAACACCCACCACGACCGGCAACGGCAACGGCAUGGCGCGCAGCGACAGCGACCCGGGCCCAGACCUGCGCCGGGGGCCCUCCACGGGCGGCUCGUCCUCCACCGAGCCCAUCGAGCCGCCCCUCUUCUCGCGCGACCCGCACCUCGAGCAGGUCGGCCCCUUCUGGCUGCGCGGCGCGCCCUCGCAGCACCUCCUCUCGCGCAUCCACCUCCUGUGCAUCGUCCUGGCGUCCGCGGGCUUCGUGCUCGCGCUCAUGGGCAUCCUCGCGUACGGCUGGGCACGCCAGCCGCGCGAAGUGAGUGUGUUCGUGACUGCUAUUCUGGGUGCGGGUAUUCUGGCCCUCAUGGCGGUAUUUGUGCCGGAUGUGGGUAUAGAACCAAGACAAACGGGUGGCACCGGUCAAAGCGAGAGGGAUGGUGAGGAUGUGUGGUAUGACUGAGAAGGGGGUACAGAUGCAUGCAGGUUGAUCACCAUGAGGUAUGAUAUAGUACAUGUGGGCGCCAUGGCCCGUUGUCGCCGCGGACUUGUAUCCGCGAGUAUACCUGUACAUGUACUCUACGAAACCUAAACCUAUAGUAUACCCAUUCAUGUGUAUAAUCUAUCCUACUAAUUAUGCAAUUAUGAUAUGUGUGCC